UUUUUUUUUUUGGUUUCCUAGCGUUUCUUCUUCUCCGGGUUCUUCCGUCGCAAUCAGAAACCGUGAAGGUUUUUUUAUCAGUGCACUGUUUCAAUUGGAUCAUUACUACGAAGUGAGAUCCUCUGUUCUUCGACGAAACAAGAGUCUCUUCAACAUGGACAACGAUUGCGAGGAGCUUCAGGUCCCCAUGGCAACUCUAACCUCAAUUGGUUUUAGGAUUUCAAAUAACUAUGAUCGAGAGAAAAUGUCUGUUAUACCGGUUGAAUCAGCAAAUCAAGUGACUGAUUCUCGGCUAGGGCUACCAAAUCCGGAUGCUAUCUGCAGAACCUGUGGCAGCAAAGAUCGAAAAGUUUGCGAAGGGCAUUUUGGGGUUGUACAUUUCCAGUACCCGAUACUUAACCCAUAUUUCCUCAAGGAGAUUGCUGCAUUGCUCAACAAAAUCUGCCCUGGCUGUAAAUACAUUCAUAAAAAGCAGUUUCAGAUUACAGAAGACCAGCCUGAUAGAUGUAGAUAUUGCACUUCGAAUACAGGUUAUCCUCUAAUGAAGUUUAGGGUAACUACUAAAGAAGUCUUCAGGAGAUCCGGAAUCGUUGUUGAAGUAAACGAAGAGUCUGUGAUGAAACUCAAGAAACGGGGAGUGUCAACAUUGCCAUCUGACUAUUGGAGUUUUUUGCCAAAAGACCCCAAUAUUGACGAGAGCUGUCUGAAAGAAACCAAACGUAUUCUAACGCAUGCACAGGCUUAUACUUUGUUAUCUGGGAUUGAUCAGAGGCUCAUCAAGAAGGACAUCCCCAUGUUCGACUCUCUAAGUAUGGCAUCUCUUCCUGUUACACCAAACGCUUACCGUGUAACCGAAAUAGUCCAUCAAUUCAACGGAGCUCGACUAAUCUUUGAUGAGCGGAUUCGAAUCUACAAGAAACUAAUCGGCUUCCAGGGAAACACACUUGAUUUGAGUUCUCGUGUGAUCGAAUGCAUGCAAUACUCCAGACUCUUUUCGGAGACUAUGUCUUCGAGUCAAGAUUUAGCAAAUCCAUACCAAAAGAAGUCAGACACGCCUACACUAUGCGGUCUAAGGUUCAUGAAAGACGUGCUGCUUGGUAAAAGAAGUGAUCAUUCAUUCAGGACAGUAGUAGUUGGUGAUCCUUCCUUGAAGCUUCACGAGAUUGGCAUACCCCAAACGAUAGCAGAAAGGCUUCAAGUAUCAGAGAAUCUUAACGACUGGAACAAGGAACGGCUUGUCGCUUACGUUUUCCACAGACUGUUCGGGUUACGUAAAGAGGUGCUUGUGAGGAGAGGAGAUAUCUUGGUGGCUAUUCGACAAAUCGACGACCUCCAAGCUGGAGACAAAAUUUUCAGGCCUUUAAUGGAUGGAGACACAGUGCUUAUGAACAGACCGCCUUCGAUUCAUCAGCAUUCGCUUAUUGCAAUGUCUGUUAAAAUCCUCCCUACGAUCUCUGUUGUCUCCUUGAAUCCUAUCUGCUGUUUGCCGUUUCGUGGUGAUUUUGAUGGAGAUUGUCUUCACGGUUACAUUCCUCAGUCUAUUCAAGCAAAGGUUGAGCUUGAUGAGCUUGUUGCUUUGGAUAAGCAGCUUAUUAAUCGACAGAAUGGUCGGAAUUUGCUUUCACUAGGACAGGACAGCAUGACGGCAGCUUAUCUGGUUAAUGUUGAGAAAAACUGUUAUCUGAGUCGAGCUCAGAUCCAGCAGCUUCAAAUGUACUGCCCAUUUCAGCCUCCUCCGCCUGCGAUAAUCCAAGCUUCUUCUCCUUCUAGCACUGAGCCUCAAUGGACGGGAAUGCAGCUUUUUGGGAUGCUGUUUCCUCCCGGGUUUGACUACACUUACCCUCUGAAUGAUGUGGUUGUGAGUAAUGGAGAGCUUUUGUCUUCCUCUGAAGGAUCCGCUUGGCUCCGGGAUGUAGAAGGGAAUUUUAUCCAGGGCUUGCUUAAACACGACCAAGUGAAAGUUCUUGAAAUCAUCCAUUCAGCUCAAGAAAUGCUAUCUCAGUGGUUGUUGAUGCGAGGAUUGAGUGUGUCCUUGGCGGAUUUGUACCUUUCCUCUGAUCAGCAGUCUCGUAAAAACUUGACUGAUGAGAUUAGAUACGGAUUGCUGGAAGCUGAACAAGUCUGCAACAAGCAACAGCUAAUGGUUGAAUCUUGGAGAUAUCUUCUUGCAGAUAAUGGAGAGGAUGAGGAAGAGAAUGCAGUUGGGGAUUUGGCUCGGUUCUGCUAUGAUAGACAAAAAUCCGCUAGAUUAAGCAAGAUUGCAGUUAGUGCUUUUAAGGAUGCUUACAGAGAUGUUCAGGCACUGGCGUAUAGGUAUGGCGACCAAUCCAAUUCAUUUUUGAUCAUGUCGAAAGCUGGUAGCAAAGGUAAUAUUGGGAAGCUGGUUCAGCACAGUAUGUGUAUUGGUCUGCAGAAUUCUGCAGUUGCUUUGUCCUUUGGGUUUCCGCGCAAGCUGACUUGUGCUUCUUGGAACGACCCCAGCAGUCCACUUCGCGGCGGUGGAAAGGGAGAAGACAAAACCGCUACUGAGUCAUAUGUUCCUUAUGGAGUCAUUGAGAACUCGUUUCUAACGGGUCUGAAUCCGUUGGAAUCUUUUGUUCAUUCAGUUACAAGUCGUGACAGCUCAUUCAGUGGUAAUGCUGAUCUCCCAGGGACACUGAGCAGAAGAUUGAUGUUCUUCAUGCGGGACAUAUACGCUGCUUAUGAUGGUACAGUGAGAAAUUCUUUCGGGAACCAGGUAGUCCAGUUUACUUACGAGACUGAUGGUCCCGUUGAAGAAAUCACCGGUGAAGCACUUGGGUCACUCUCUGCUUGUGCAUUAUCUGAGGCAGCUUACAGCGCACUGGACCAGCCAGUCAGCCUUCUUGAAACUUCGCCGCUUCUGAAUCUUAAGAAUACCUUGGAAUGUGGAUCAAAGAAAGGUCAACGAGAACAGACUGUGUCUUUGUAUUUGUCUGAAACCCUUUCAAAGAAAAAGCACGGGUUUGAAUACGGGGCACUGGAGAUCAAGAACCACUUGGAGAAACUUAGUUUCUCAGAGAUCGUUUCAACAUCUAUGAUAAUAUUCUCUCCAAGUAUUAACACGGAAGUACCAUUAAGCCCGUGGGUCUGCCAUUUUCACAUCUCCGAGAAAGUACUAAAGCAGAAACAACUGAACGCAGAAUCUGUUGUUUCCUCAUUAAACGAGCAGUACAAGAGCAGGAUCAGAGAACUGAAGCUUGAUCUAGGUUAUUUGGAUAUACAAAGCACGAACCGCUGCUCUUCAGACGACAAGGCAAUGAAGGAUGAUAGCUUUUGCAUCACGGUGACUGUAACCGAAGCCUCAAAGCACUCCUCUUUGGAACUGGAUGCUAUUCGUCUCGUUUUAAUCCCUUUUCUUCUUGACUCUCCUGUCAAAGGUUACCAAGAGAUUAAAAAGGUCGAUGUUUUGUGGACUGACCGUCCAAAAGCUCCAAAAAGGAACGGGGAUCAUGUGGCAGGUGAGCUUUACUUGAGGGUUACAAUGUAUGGAGAUCGAGGAAAAAGAAACUGUUGGAGCACUCUCUUAGAAACCUGUCUUCCCAUUAUGGACAUGAUAGACUGGAGCCGAAGCCAUCCUGAUAAUAUCCGACAAUGCUGCUCGGUUUAUGGAAUAGACGCUGGACGUAACAUUUUUGUAGCAAAUUUGGAGUCUGCGGUGUCAGAUACCGGUAAGACAAUACUAAAAGAACAUCUGCUUCUCGUAGCUGAUAGUCUCUCUAUUACCGGAGAAUUUGUGGCAUUAAACGCCAAAGGUUGGAGUAAACAAAGACAAGCUGAGUCCACUCCUGCACCUUUUACUCAAGCAUGCUUCUCGAGUCCAAGUCAAUGCUUUCUCAAAGCUGCUAAGGAAGGUGUCAUAGACCAGCUUCAAGGCUCUAUCGACGCCUUGGCUUGGGGAAAAGUUCCUGGUUUUGGAACUGGUGAUCAAUUCGAAAUCAUCAUUUCGCCAAAGGUUCAUGGGUUUACUACACCGGUGGAUGUGUAUGAAGUUCUGAGUAGCACACCUCUAAAGACAGUGACAAAGCUUGCAACAAGCUCUACGCACAAAUCAGACAGAUUCACAGUCCAGCCAUUAAACAUGCUUGAUACCGGAUUCCCCAAAGCUUUCAAGGCACUCAAUGGGAAAGGGAUUUCUCUGUCACAGCUUAAAACGAUGUUUACAUGGGACGACAUUGAGAAUCUUUCCCGGUCACUGAAACUUAUACUCUACAAUUACGAAAUCAAUGCUCCGUUGAGUGAGAGAGAUGAGACUUUUGUCAGCAUGGUUUUGUGCUUCCACCCCAACAUGGCUGAGAAGAUCGGACCAGGCUUCCAAGGAAUCCGGGUCGCUCAUUCGAAGCACGGAGAUUCCCGUUGCUUUGAGGUUGUAAGAAUAGACGAGACAACAGAAGACUUUUCGUACCACAAGUGUGUCUUAGGAGCAACAAAGAUCAUUGCACCAGGGAAAAUGAACUUCUACAAGUCAAAGUAUCUUAAGAAUGGUAAAGUCCAACACCGGUAAACCGUAAAAUAUAAGGAAUCGAAAGACUUGUCUCUAUGUCGAUAUAUAUAAUUUCGAACAAUGUAGGAAAAAAGAUAUGUGUAAGUGUGUUUGAAAUGUGAUUAGAUAGAUGUAGGGGAAAAGCCUUUUGCCUUUGCUCUAAGCUUCUUUUUGCUCCUUUCACUAUGUAAUACCUUUGCCUUUUUGGAUCUAAAAAGGCUUAAAGGUUAAUUACUUAGUGGAAGCAGCAACGAGAAGCUGGCAAAGGAGGCUUCUGUUCUGUUUCUGUUUCUAUUUCUGUUUCUGUUUUUGUAAACCAUGAAAAUUUCCGGUUUGACUAUGAAAAUAUCCGGUUAUGUUUCUGUUCUC